GCGCGUUCCGGAUGGAGAGGAAUACCCACGGGUUUAAAAAUAGGCCACAACACUCCUUAUAUAAUAUGUGGGACGUCAAUGUUUACAGUCCUACUGCUUAUUUAAAAAUAAAAUAAAAACUCAAAUUGAUUCAAAUUCAAGUUUUGAGUAAUGAUGGUUUGCCUAAACUUGUGACAAAAGCUGUCUUAAUUUUUUUUUUCUUUUUCGCUUUGCUGUUGGAUUUACCGGAUUUCACCGUGUUUGUUUGGGGAAGCGAAAGGAGGUGGGGCCGCGUCCAAUGGGAAGCGAGGAAGCCGCGUGACGGACAGACACUGCCCCUGUGGUAGGUCCCGCCCCCCGUGACUCUGUUUUAUUCCGUUUUUAGAGCAGCAGCGUCACAUGUUGUUUUUCUCCGGCAUCGGAUCAGCCGACCAGAGCAGCGCGACCGACGGAAAACGGACUCAAGUUUCUUUUUAUUUAUUUUUUAUAUAGAUUUGUUUCGAAACCGUGAGUUUGAGGGGGUAAGAAAGAAAUACUAGUUUGCAUAAAGAAGAAGAAAUAUGGCAAGCCCUCCGGCUACCGGAGGACACCUGUUAUCCAGCGGGACUAAUGACGUGAAGAAGUGCGGGUACCUGAGGAAACAGAAACACGGACACCGGCGCUUCUUCGUCCUCCGGGAGCCCACGGAGAGUUCACCCGCCCGCCUGGAGUACUAUGAAAGCGAGAAGAAGUGGAGGAACAAGUCCGCCGCCAAGCGGGUCAUCACUCUGGACUCCUGCUUGUGCGUAAACAAACGCGCCGACGCCAAACACAAGCACCUGGUCGCCCUCUACACCAAGGACGAGUACUUCGCCGUGGCUGCAGAAAACGAGCAGGAGCAGGAGAGCUGGUUCAGGGUUCUGACGGACCUCAUAGCUGAAGGGAAAGCCUUUGACAGUCCAGCUUCUACAUCCUCCUUGGUGGGGUUUGAGGAGGCCAGUUAUGGGCUGCUUUCCUCCACAACACCUGUUUAUAAGGAGGUGUGGCAGAUCAACUUGAAGUCCAGAGGUUUGGGCCAGACCAAGAACCUCACCGGGGUCUACAGGUUGUGUUUGUCCAGCCGGAACAUCAGCUUCGUGAAGCUGAACUCUGACACAGCUGCAGUCACACUGCAGCUCAUGAACAUCAGAAGGUGCGGCCACUCGGACAACUUCUUCUUCAUAGAGGUGGGCCGGUCAGCCAUGACCGGACCGGGUGAGUUCUGGAUGCAGGCCGAGGACUCUGUGGUGGCCCAGAACAUCCACGAGACCAUACUGGAGGCCAUGAAAGCCAUGAAGGAGCUGUCUGAGUUCAGGCCCAGAAGCAAGAGCCAGUCCGCCAGCACCAACCCCAUAUCCGUGCCAACGCGGCGCAACCUUAACAACCUCCCCCCCAGCCAGACCGGCCUGGUGAGAAGGUCCAGAACAGACAGCAUGGCCGCCACUUCUCCUGGAAGGAAGUUUACAUCCUGCCGGAUAAGAACAUCCAGCGAAGGGGAUGGAAGUGUGACGCGACCCGUGUCCAUGUCCAUAUCGGUGAGUGGGAGUCCCACCAGCCCCAAUGCUGGGAACCAUCUCUGCGGUUCCCACCCCCUGAACAGUGGGCGCACCUGCAGGAUGCUGGAGUCUGCCUCCAAUCUCCAUCACAGCCGCUCCAUGCCCGUCUCCAACUCCCCUCCAGCUGCCUCCAGCCCAGCGAGCUCUUCUCCUCGGUUAGGGACCACCAUGUCCACCCCCGACAAAGCCCGGCGGCCUUUCAGCUGCAGCGCCUCCAUCUCCGGUUCCCUCAGCGACACCAGUUUUAUGCUUUGUGAGGAUUUCAGCUCCAGCCCAUGUGAGCCAAAGUUCCUCUCCCUGACCCGUAGUGACACCCCAGACUCCCUGUCCAGCACACCACCAUCCCGCGACACCAGCGACUCCUACGGUUACAUCGUAAUGGAGGGAUCAAGGUGUGGCGGCGGGGUCGAAAGUCUUACUAAUGACAAGGCUUAUAGGAAGCGGACACACUCCCUGACGACACCACGUCAACAGAGGGUGACAGCGCCGCUGUCCUCUGCCUCCUUGGACGAAUACACGCUCAUGAGGAUGGCUCGGGGACAGAACUCUCACUCCGCCUCCCCCAAAGUCUGCUACCCAGAGGACUAUGGAGACAUCGAGAUCGGUUCAUCCAGGAGCUCCAGUAGCAACCUUGGCGACGAUGGUUACAUGCCCAUGACACCAGGCGUAGCACCUCCGUCUGGCAAAGGUGACAACUAUGUACCCAUGAGCCCGAUGUGCGUAUCUGCGCCAAAACAAAUCGUAAACCCAAGGGUGCAUCCCCAGACAGCGGUCAACGGCGGCUACAAGACCCAGUCGCCCUGCAGCGGCUCCCUGGAGGACAAUGGCUACAUGAGGAUGUGGUGUGGCUCCAAAGCUUCCAUCGAGAGCCCCGACAGGCAGACCGAAUACAUGAACAUGUCCCCUGGAAACCCGCCUCCUCUGCAGACCCCACCUGAUUGUUACCUGGGCCUGAUUGCUGGUGAGCCGUUGGCAGUUCGACCGAUCUAUCAGAGCGGUUCCCUCACGCUUCCUGCCAAGCUUCAGCCCAGGAAUGAAGAUGACAGCCAGUAUGUGCUCAUGAGCCCCCAGAGCUCCCGGCAACGGUCAGGGGAGUCAGACUAUUACUCAGUGAUGCAGCUGACUUCACCGCUGAGUCCCUCCAUCCCCUCGCCAGGCAGACACAACCGAGCAGAGAACCUACAUUACCGGGGGAGGCUGGGCCGGCCUAACAGACUGUCUCUGGACACCCUGAGGACCCUGCCCAGCAUGAAUGAACUUCCCGGCGAGCCCAGGAGCCCCGGUGAGUACAUCAACAUCGACUUCAGCAGUGGUAGAUCGUCGCCGCCCUCCGUCACCUCCACAGAGAGUCAGCCGUCAUCGCUGAGCUCGAGUGGCGGGGGACCAGGGAGGUCGUCUCUGACAGACUACAUCAAUCUGGAGUUGGGCUCCCGAUCGCCCAGGGGGGCUGACACUCAUGCUGAGCGCCUGGACACACUCCCAGAGUUAUCCUCCUGCCCCUGCUCUGAGGAUGGAGAGGACCAAGAGGAUUGUGGGAAAACCAUGCUUGGGGAUGAGGUGAAGAGUGACUACACUGAGAUGACCUUUGGGUUGACCAGUUCUGCUCCUCAACUGGUUUGUCAGAACUCAACAAGUGCUAGGCAGCUCUCCCGGGAGGACCAAAGUGUCCAGGAGCGCAUUGGGGUCUUCCUCCUCGGCGCCACAGUGGACCCAGACUGCUCCGCCAAGGUUGUCCGGGCCAACCCACAGGGGCGUCGGCGCCACAGCUCAGAAACCUUCUCCUCCACCGCUACGGUGACCCCGGUCUUCCCAUCCUUCGCCCGCGGCGACACUGUGAAGAGGCCCAGUUCGGUGGAGAACAUCUCGUCCCGGAGCAGUGAGGGCUCGGACGAGGAGUCCGGCAGCCCGGUGACCCGGCAGAGCCUGACCGCCUUCCCGGCCGGACUCAGCUACAUCGCCAUGAACCUGCUGGAAACCAGCAGGGAUGUGGAGAAAUGCGGAGACUUGGUGGGCUUUAAGCCCACCAGCAGCUGCAAAGGAGGCAUCAAUGGAUUACACAGCGCGCCGUACGCCUGUCUGGGCUUUAAGGAGGCUGCAACCACUGCCAAAGACUGAAGCCCGACCUGUCACCUGAAUUUUACCAAGCUGCUGCAAAGAAACCGAAAACAAACAGGGUGAAAAGAAACCAACUCAGUCCUGCCGCCGGGCCUUGAUGGCCCUAAAAGGGACUGUCUGGACCGACAGGAAUCUGAAAGGCCUAAAAACAAAAACAAAAAAACAAAACUCACACUAGACAAACAAGCAGGUCACCUAUGCAUGGAGAGAAAGCGCUGAAGGCAGGACAGGUGUGUCUUCUGCGCGUCGGUACGUCUCCUGUUUCCUGCACUUUGAGAGGCCAUUUCUCCUGUGACCCAGAUCCUUGGCACAAGCACAGAGGCAAAGAUCGUCAGACAAUAACAGAGCUCUAAUGGUACCCAGAUGCUAUUUAUUUACUCGAGGGUAGUUUUUACGUUGGUGUGCGUUUCGAAGACAAAAGAAACGAGUAUGCCGCUGAACAAUGAAUACUGCUACAAAGACUCGGAGAUGACAAUACCAAGGUACACUGAGUGUAAACAUAUGAAACAUAUAUAUAUAUAGAUUAGAUAUUUUAUUUAUUUUUGGAUGCUGAAUGUCAGAUUGGACAUGCCCGAUGCCUUAAUGUGUAUACCAACCUUAUGUUUUCUAUGAAAGAAGAGAUGAAUAUUCUAUUACGUUUGCUCUAUAUAUUGUUAUUGUCUUGAGGAAAGCAAAAUGCCUCGUUUACCAUUAAAAUAUAUAUUAUGUCAGAAAUUUACAGUGAGGCUGUGUGAAAUCCAAUUUAUUCUAUUAAUAUCAAAGUAUUUUCUUAAUUCUUAUUAUUCUAACCCAGUUUAAUAUUUUUGUCCUAAAUUAUAUUUCUAGAUGUCUAAUGAUAGUCGUGCGUUAAUUUAUAAAUCAGCUCAGACACUACGACACCUGGCACUGUACCUCCCAUAGUUCCUCAAGUCACUUGAGCCUGAAAAAACCUCACACACUCCUACCUUCAAACCAACGGCCGGCUCCGCGCGGCCCACCAUGCUGUGAAAUCUUUUGACUGUACAGCUGUUGAGGUGACCAUGGGGGGCGGAGCCAGGGUAAACUGUAGAGACUGGAGGCACACAGCUGUGGCGGUUUCAGGUCGGCGACGAGUAGCUGAAGAGAAAGUCGCUCUCAGGGUAGGAGGGUCUCGUAGUAAAAGGGACCUACAGUCACAUCUAGCACUGUCACUGCAGAUUUGCUAGCUUGGAAAACGACGCGAGAAAUGGUCGCUAACUAUGUAACGUUAAAGCAAGACCAUGUAACAUUUUUACGACACAAUUGUAAUUGCAAAACAGUUUUGCGAUAAUAAUCAAAUUAAAAAAACAGUUUUAACAAGUAUUAUAGAUCGCUAGCUAGCUAAUAUUUGCUAGCAGCAUUAGCUACUAGCUUGUAGCUACCAUACGAAAUUCGUCGACCGACCAAAAAUUCCUAACAAACCACAGCGAUGUCUAAUGACUUUAAUAAAAAAAAAUUUUUUUUCUCUCAACAUUUUUAUAUUCUGUAGGCUAUUGAUGAAAAUGUAGCCUAGCUAAGCAGCUUCACAUUGUAUCAGGCUAAAAGUACUUGUUGAUCUUCUUACUCGCUAUGUCUUUGAUGCAUAGUACCUAUUUACUGCAGUAUUUAAUGAAAUACACCCACAUGUGGGUUUUCAGUUGGAAUUAAUUGGUACAAAUGUAAGUUUGAGUUUACAUUUUUUACAAGAUCUCCAUUUUUUUUUUCUUAACACAAAUGAGAUUAAGCAAAGUUGUCCUGAAAGAAAUUGUGCAAAUGGGCUUAAAUGUUCACUUUGAACACUACAGAGUGUCUUCUGAUACACAACAGUUGGUACUUUAUAAUUAUUACAAAAACAACAAAAAAAAUGCUAAAAUCGUCAAAGUCGAGUUCGGUAGGGCAUCAAAAUUUUGCGAUUUUUACACAGUUGAGAACUUUUUGACAUAGUUUAUUCACCUUAGACUAUAUAAGAUGGAUAAGUCAAGAAAAUGUUUUUUUUUUUAUUAUUCUAGCAAAAGCUAGUAGCGGUUAAAUCCGAUUGGGGUUUAAUCGAUUGCUAAUUUAAGCAGUUUUUGCUAACAUUAGCUUAUCUGUUCCAAUGAUUCCACCAUUCUAAACGUUUUAAAAUUGUAAACUUUGAAGGAACAUGUCCAAAAUGUCAUAUAUAAAUACAUAUAGAAAUCCCCGAAGUUGCAUGGUCUUGUUUUAGUUCGGAGAAGCUAGCGCUAGCUUAAAUUUGCAGCUUUAGCCAAAUUACUCCAAAAUGGCUACCAGUUUUUUUUUUUUUUUUAAAUCCCUCUUUCAGCACCGUGACUGCGCCGCCUCCAACUGGCUCACAACCUUUUUUGUUUGACAGGAAAUUGGAAGAUUCAGAACGUCUGAAUGUAUUGCUGAGCUGGUGGGAACACCAUUGAUUUCAACCGGUUUUGACAAGUGUUAUAUUAUUAGAGUUUUGUACCAUGCGACAUUGUGGUAUCUAUUUAUCUUCAGAGUUUUGACUGUAAAUGUUGUAUAUAAAAGUAAGUUUAACUAAAUAAUAAGUAUAUGUAGAGUAAUUAGAUUUGACCUGCAAUGAUAUUCCUGUGUAAAGACUUUGGCUACAGAUUUUUAAAAGGGGUUGUACAGUAUAUUCUAUGCUUUUUCUCCCUCAAAGUCUAUGAACAAAAGAUUAAAUUGUUUUUUAUUUUCUUAUAGAGAUCUUUUUGCCUUGUCUACACAUUUUACCCAAUGGCAUAUGCAAUAGUGACAUGAAUAAAAGAAAUUCGUUUACAACUGUGGAACCAAAUGUACCAUUUUUUUUUUUUUUUUUUAAAUAUUACUUUUUGAUUUUGUCUGUGUUGAGCGGGAGACGUGUUUACUGCUACCUUUACAUUUCUCUUUUCUGCCAAGUGUUUUGCUUUGGGGAAGAAUUUUCCCGUUUCAGUGUCUAUGAAUGGAUUUACAGAUCGAUCUUGGAUUGACUCAGUUUGAAUGUUUUUUUUUUUUUUUUUUUUUUUUGUCUU